AGUGUUACAUGAAAAAAUGUCAAAACGGGGUAGUAGCAAAUUACGCCCAAACAAAUUGGCGAGAGCCGAGAAGAACAAAAGUGGGUUCCUUUGAUCCUUCAAACCCAAAACCGAAGAAGCGCGGGGUGCAAAACGCAAAACAAGCUCGCUCCUGCGUUCUCCAUCGAAGCAUCAUGGCGGCGGCGGCGGCGGCGGCGACGGCAGCGAGGAUACUCGAGCUGGACCCCGCGCACCCGCGCGCCGGCCGCGUCAUCGACGACAUCGUGCGUACGGAGAAGCGGAUCUUCCCGAAGCACGAGUCCCUGGCGCGGACCUUCCACGACGAGCUCAAGCGCCGGAACACCACCCUGAUCUACUCAGCCGCGGCCGCCACCAUCCCCACCACUGGAGACGCCGCCGCCGCCUCCGACGAGGAGGAGGAGGUCGUCGGGUACGCCAUGUACACGUGCGCCACCUCCCUCUGCGCCUCCAUCACCAAGCUCGCCGUGAAGGAGAGCCGGAGGAGGCAGGGCCACGGCGAGGCGCUGCUGAUGGCCGCCGUCGAGGGCUGCCGGAGGAGGCGGGUCCAGCGGGUGUCCCUCCACGUCGACCCGGCGAGGGCGGCGGCGGUGGCGCUCUACCGCAAGGCCGGGUUCCAGGUCGACGCCACCGUCGUCGGCUACUACGCUCCACGCAGGGAUGCGUACCGGAUGUACAUGGAUCUCUAGGAAACCAAACCAAUCAGCAUUUGAGCAAGAACAAAAAAAAAAAGGCUUGUGAAUUGUUCAGGAAAUGCAAAUGGAGCAAUAUGUUCUUCGCCAAUUGUGAUAGGGAAAUGCUACGGGACGGUAUCCUGUUCGAACGGGAUGCUAUCUCUAAAGAUCGCCUGAUACCUGGUAAGUAUCGGCCGAUACCCCGUUUGGACGAGAUGGUACCUUUGAGGUAUUAUCUCGUUUGAAGUUUGAAGGAUACCGUUAUGUAGCAUUCUCCAUUUUGAUAUUGAGCUCAACUUUGAUUGGAUUGAUUGUAUUGAUGCUUCUAACAGUGAGGAUGAUCUGAAGGGAGAAAAAAAUGGUAUGAAUUGGUGAUCUUUGA